GGCAGGCGGUGGGGGGCGGACCGGGGGAAGCCGGGGCGGAGCCGGCGGAGUACGGCGUGCCGGGCUACGCCUCCCGGGGCCACUGGGCCGCGCCCGUUGGCGGAAGCCCGGCUCAGUCCGGCCGGAGACGCUCUGGUCAAGGGUCCGCGGCGGCGCCGGCGCGCCCGCUUUCGCUCCGUGCCCGCUAGCUGGCCUCCGGCCGCAGCACCCGCGCGCCGCGGUCCCCGGGCCAUGCAGCGCUUAGCCAUGGACCUGCGGAUGCUCUCCCGGGAGCUCUCGCUCUACCUGGAGCAUCAAGUCCGGAUCGGUUUCUUCGGUUCGGGAGUGGGCUUAUCCCUGAUCCUGGGCUUCAGCUUCGCUUACGCCUGCUACUACAUGAGCAGCAUUGCCAAGAAGCCCCAGUUAGUGACAGGGGGUGAAAGUUUCAGCCGCUUCCUUCAGGACCACUGUCCUGUGGUGACAGAAACGUACUACCCGACGGUCUGGUGCUGGGAGAGUCGAGGACAGACACUGCUGAGACCUUUCAUCACUUCCAAGCCUCCGGUGAAGUAUAGGAAUGAACUUAUUAAAACUGCAGAUGGAGGACAGAUUUCACUGGACUGGUUUGAUGAUGAUAACAGUAAGUGUUAUAUGGAUGCCAGCACCAGACCUACUAUCUUAUUGCUGCCUGGCCUCACUGGAACAAGCAAGGAAUCGUAUAUCCUUCAUAUGAUUCACCUUAGUGAAGAAUUGGGAUACAGAUGUGUGGUUUUUAACAACAGAGGAGUGGCAGGGGAGAAUCUCUUGACGCCAAGGACUUACUGUUGUGCGAACACUGAAGACUUGGAGACGGUCAUUCAGCAUGUUCACAGUCUGUACCCUUCUGCUCCAUUCCUGGCAGCAGGAGUUUCAAUGGGAGGGCACCGGCAUAUGUUUGUAAAACAAAUUGACAUGGAUCAUGUCAUGAAGGCUAAAUCCAUAAGAGAAUUUGAUAAGCGAUUCACUUCAGUCAUGUUUGGCUACCGAACAAUUGACGAUUAUUAUACUGAUGCCAGUCCAAAUCGUAGACUGAAAUCAGUAGGGAUUCCAGUGUUGUGUCUGAAUUCUGUGGAUGAUGUUUUUUCACCCAGUCAUGCUAUUCCAAUAGAAACUGCUAAGCAAAACCCUAAUGUUGCUUUGGUCCUUACUUCUUAUGGAGGCCAUAUUGGUUUUCUGGAGGGAAUCUGGCCAAGACAGUCCACUUACAUGGAUCGAGUCUUCAAGCAGUUUGUGCAGGCCAUGGUUGAACACGGACAUGAACUCUCUGGCAUGUAGUUCUUCAGGUGCAUUUUGUCUAAACCACCGUAUAAAGGCAGCUCAGCUUACUGCACAAAUCUUAAUUACUGUAUAUAAAGCAAAUUAGCCAGCAGGUGGUGAAGAGGUCCAGAAUGACAUGCAAAAACUACUUUUUGGAGUAACAAAACAACUUUGUAGCAAGAAAUAAAAUAUAGAUUUAGACUGUAACUUAUGUAGAUUUUAUUUUUACUAUGCCUUACCAAGUAUGACCUUAAAUAAAGUAGUACAAACAUGGAAUUGCACUUAACCAAAACUAUUGUGUAAAAAGAUUUUAAUUCCUCAGGGUUUUAAUUUGGGCUAGUAUUAUUUUAGAUAAUUUAUUUUAGGUGAUUUAUGGUACUUUAAUAAUUGUAAUAGGACUUGACUUUAUUUAUUUGAAUGUAAGUUAUAAGUUGGCACAUUCAUAAGGGUAUUUAUACCUAAUGAUGGUAACAUGAAAACUGAAAUAAGAUAAAAUACAAUGUGCUAAAUCUUUUACGUAUUUUAACUUUAAAAGGCAAAUGCAACAAAUGUUAGACUUCUAUACAUGUUCUUUUACUCUAAUAAUAUUAAAUUAAGGCUGACUUAUGUUUUAUAAUGAUUAUAGUUCACAUGCUUAUUUUUUAAAUAGUGUAUGUGCAUACUUAUAUAUCAUUAUAUUAAAUUCUACCAUUUUAAAUUGUUUCUUUGUGAGAUUUUAUCCACAAAAAAGUAAUCCCUAGAGUAAUUUGUGAUUUCAUAAAUGCAUUAGUAAGAAAUAUUACAACUGUAUUGUUUCAGUUUCCAGAAUAUUGGGCUCCCACCGUUCGUACCAAUUAAAAAUACUUUCAGCUACAGGAAACCCAUCUAACAGUGAUUUAGGAAUAACAAUAUUUAAUUAUCUUGCAUCACAAGAAGUCUCCAUGUAAGCAGUCUCCAGAUGUAGGUGUU